GUAUCGUUGUCGUUUGUUUGUCCUAGUCACGUCUUAGUAUUUUGCCUAUUUUGGAUUCAUUUGGAUUUUGUUGGCUGUUUUGUGUGUAUUUUUUAAAACUUUUGUUUGUCAUUUGUAAAUUUUAUAAAUUUACCACAAUGCAAAGUGAUUACCUAUUUAAGGAAAUUCUUAUUGGAAACUCCGCAGAUGUUUUAGAAAGAUAUUCAUUGAAGCUGAAAAUAAUUGGAGAUUUAGAUCCAUAUACAAUUCAGUCAUCAGAAUUGGAUUUUACAGUGCAUUCCAUCUAUUACUGUUAUAAUGCUAUUAUAGAUAGACUGGUAGAGUCUCACAGUUACUACUUUAAGCAGCAGAUGAAAGCAUACAAAAGCCUUCAGGCACAUAAAAGCCUUCACAACUGGAUUUGUUUUGAAACAUUUGAUGUUUUGAUGAUUUUUAUAUUAUUGUUGGAAAGGUGAAGAAUUCCCAAAAAGCUAAUGCUAAACCACUAGAUGCUUGGGUGAUAGCCAGUUCCAAUGGCAUAGCAAAUGCACAUUGUAUGUGUAUUGCCGGUAAUAGUGAAGUUUGCAGCCAUAUUGCAGCAAUCUUAUUUGCAGCUGAGUAUGCCCACAGCAAGACAGAAGAAGAAGAACCCAAUGCAUGUACAUAUGUUACAGCUAUGUACAUUCUCUGGUGAAAAACUAAUGAGUUUUCAAGCUGUUCAGUCAGAGUGCUUGUUGCUCUCUCUAAACGAACUGAAAUAUAAGACGGCUUUGGCUUCAUGUUGCAGCGAUAUGAAAAUGGUGUCUGUGGAUCUUUUUGUAUGCAACUAUUUGUAAUAAUUAUUUGAAAUCAUUUUGAGGAUUAUAAGAGUAUGGAAAUAUAAAUGUGAGAACACAGACUAUUAUAGUUUUGUCCUAUUUUUUAUCAUUCAAUCGUCUUCUUUAAAAUUUAUAAAUAUAAAGCAGAUAGUUUUCAUUGAAAUUCAAUAUAUUGGGUCUUAUUUGUAUGUAUUCAUUUUUGACUAAAGGUACGAUUCCGAUAACGACUGCAGACAGCAACUGCAAACAUCAGUUGCAGCUCUCGGCAUUAUGGACGUUAAUACU